AUGAGGGUACUUGCGCUUGCUCUACUGGUGACUGUGUGUGUGGAGGCAAUGCCAGAGCGGCGGCAGAAACGAGCAUACGUUCUUCACUCCACUCCACAGGAGGGACCUUUUGAAAGACUGAAGAGAAAAACUAUUGAAAAAAUGCAACACAACAUGGGACGCUCGAUUGAGGAAAUCAACGAGAAAAGCGGAGUCACAGGCGCUUACGAAGGAGAUAUUCUCCUCACAAAGAACGAGCUCGAAAGGGUGGGAACUCGUUCUAGAAGGCAAGCAAUGAGAGACCUUAGCAGAAGAUGGCCGAACAACAAGGUUCCCUACACAUUUUACCAUCCAGGCGAAAAGGCUAGGGAGGCCUUCAAGAAAGCAGCGCAAUUAUGGAAUGACAGCACGUGCAUUGACUUCACAGAAUUUCAGCAAUGGAAGAAGAAAGGCGAUCCCAUCCCACCUCGAGACUUCUUAUAUUUGGCUAACGGAGAUGGGUGUUUUUCGCACGUAGGUAAAAAUGGCCCAGGCCCGCAGGAACUCAUACUUGGCACAGGCUGUGAAUCGGUAUGGUUCUGCUCACAAGAGGACGUUGGCACUGAGCUUUCCUCAAACUCAAAGAUUGUCCCUGUGAUACUGUAUAGUGGUAGCCGAAAGAAGGCAUUCUCCACAAAGCUGGAGUAUCGCUACACUUCGUAG